UAAUCACCCUAAUGUAGCAUAAAAUCAUGCUAUCUUAGGUUAGUAUUCUGCCUAAUGUAGUUAUGUUUUCGUAGGUUAGUAUAAAUAACGUGCUAGAGUGAGUAGUUGAGUAAUAGCUACUACUUUCCAACACUUCUCAUCACAUUCUGCUUUCUUUUCUGUUGCCUUAUAUCAAAAAGCAAAAUAUAAAAUGGCCGAGGUACGAGCACAGGACGAUCUUCUGUUGUUGAUGGAGGACAAACAACUACGAAAGCUUGCAAAAGUACUGAGGAAUCAGGAAGAGCCACUCAGUCAAAGCAUCAAAUCGGAGCCUGAUCGAGCCAAGUACCUCGAAGAAUGCAACAAUGCUUACGACAUUGUUGUCACACUGCUACAAACAAGUACUGAUUUACGCGACAAGCAUGAGGCAACAAGGGACACUGACAAGGUGAAGGCGAACAUAGCAACAGAUAUUCAAGAUUAUGUCAAGUAUGGUGUAAACAUGGGCCUGCAGUGUAUUCAGAACUGUGGUAUGCGAGUGACUGUCGUCGAAAGCCUUAAGACACACUUCGACGACAUGGCUACUGAACUUAAUACGGUUGAUUCCAGGGGUGUCAAUGAUAUAGAAGGUUUUGCUGAGGAAGUGUCUUAUUACAAGACAUCUAUGUUUGAAUAUGUUACAAACUUGCGAAGUGGCACGUCUCGUGCUCACUCUAAGGCUUACUCUGAUGCUCUCAAGCUAGAGGGCAUUGAGUUUCCAAAUCUUGUUAGCAGGCACAAGAACAAGCUUGGAUAUAAAGAUGAAUUUGAAUUUUUGGAAGAAGACCAAAAGCUUGAGGUAUACAACAGCAUCAUAGUAGAAUCAGGGCGCGCAAAGAUCCCAACCAUGUACAAGAGGAGCAAGCCUCCAGGCGCAACAGCAGGUGGGGUUGCGACGAUGGCAGUAACUGCAGGCAUAAUGGCGUGGGACAUCUUCACAGCUGAGCACAAGCUUGAGUCUGCGUUAAACAGCGCCGUGUCAGUGCUUUCAGGAGCAGUCUCAUAUGCUGUAAAUGUGGCUGUUAGCUCUGCAGUAGGAACUGUAGUAGCAAAUGCACAAUUAGGUGUUCUGAUGGUUUCGAUGGCUGGGUUCGUGGUUGGUGCUGUGGUCGGCAUUCUCUUUGCUGCCGCGACUGGUGCGAUUCUUAAACUCAUUUUAGGGACUGGUGGUAAAGUGCCGCCGAACUUGGAUGAUCUCAAGUUUUAUUCAGCUACUAUGCCUAAUGGUAUGGCCAUUGCAAAUGAGAUCUCACACGACAGUUGAAUUAGUUUUAAUUCAACGAUGUACGGUCCAUAUGCUGAGUGAUAAAUGCAACUCUCCUAUAAAUAAAUAAAUGUAUGCAAGUUAAUGUGAUUUCUGGAUUAUUGCUAAAUUAUGUCUCUUAUGUACUGGUGUAUGUUUAUUUCACAAUAAAAUUGAAGGUAAACGUUGUGUUGUUGAUUCA